GUGCUGAGCCGAGCCGAGCCGAGCCGGGACGGGACGGGACGGGACGGGACGGGACGGGACGGACGGGACGGGACGGGCUGCGCUCUGCACCGCCGCCAUGGAGAUGACCUUCUUCUUCUCAGAUAGGCUGGUGCUGCUCUUUGACUUCUGGAGCGUGCACAGCCCCACAGGGCUGGUGCUGUCUGUGCUGGUGAUCCUGCUGCUCUCUGUGCUGUAUGAAGUGGUGAAGAUGGGCAAAGCCAGAGUGCUGCAGCGGGCACUGCUGGCCGUGCCCCCCAGCCUCAGCCAGGACACGCUGCUGGGCCCCAACGAGGGGGAUGGUGGUGGUGGGGACAGUGAGGACAGCUGUGUCCAGGAGCAUGAGGCCGUGCAGGGCAGGUGGUUCCGGUACCAUAUGGGCCAGACCUUGCUCCAUGUGGUUCAGGUGGUGGUGGGCUACACGCUGAUGCUGGCCGUCAUGUCCUACAAUGCAUGGAUCUUCCUUGGGGUGGUUGCAGGCUCUGCCAUCGGCUACUUUGUGGUGUACCCACUGCUCUGGGUGGGCAACGGGGCUGUCACCUCUCAUCCCAUCCAGUAGCACUGUCACUUCUGCUGGCUCUGUCCUUGUCCCUGUGCCAUGCAGGAUGCAGAGCCCCACGGAUGCAGUGCUGGGAUGCGCAGUGCUGGCAGGAUGGGGCUGGCUCUGGGACUGUCCCCUGCUCUGCCACUGCUGCUGCCAUCCUUGUGCUCUCAGGGAGCUUUAUAGCUGUGGGAUGGGGUUGAUGGCUGCUGGGGGGCACUGGGAUGCUCCAGGUGUGUGCUGGGCAGGACUCAGCCCUGCUCAUGCCCCUCACUCUGUGCCUUGUGGGUGCAGGGUUCUGCCUCGUGCACCUCUUUUUUAGCACUUUAGGGUUAGAGUCAGGGGGUGCUGCUGCUGGGAUGCCCAUGGCAAUGAAACCAUCGCAUCACUCAGCUCUUGGCUGCUGCGUGCUGCAGAGCAAAGGGAGCCCCGGCUCGCAGCAAGGUUUAGGAGUAAGGAUGCUCUCCUCUGGUUUUAAAUAAAGCUUUUUUUCUCUUUUA